CACAGGGAGGAGACAACGCAGGUGAACAUCAACCUGCUCCUCCUUCUCCCCCGGGAUGCAAAGCAACUCCAAUCUGCAUGCAUCCAACUGUAGUCGCACUGCCGCCACACAUUUCUGCACGCAUGAGCUUGGAGGCGUAGGAAGAGAACAAGAUGGCCAACUCAGCGCUGGAGAUCGUGGGUCUGUUAUUGACCCUGAUUGGGCUGAUUGGGACGGCGGCGAGCACCGGGAUGCCCAUGUGGCGAGUCACAGCUUUCAUUGGGGAGAACAUCAUCGUGUUUGAGACUCGCUACGAGGGCCUGUGGAUGAAUUGCUUCCGGCAGGCCGACAUCAGGAUGCAGUGCAAGGUGUACGACUCUCUCUUGGCCCUGCCCCCUGACCUGCAAGCAGCGAGGGGGCUCAUGUGCUGCGCUCUGGCCCUGGGCGGCCUGGGUCUGCUGGUCAGUUUGUUGGGGUUGCAGUGCACGUCAUGUAUCCAGAACAACGACCGAGCCAAGUGGCUGGUCCUGAUCAUUGCUGGAACCAUGGACUUCAUGGCCUGCAUCUGCGUGCUCAUCCCUGUUUCGUGGACGGCCCAUGUCAUCAUCAGGGACUUCUACAACCCCUUGCUGAUCGACGCCCAGCGCAGGGAGCUCGGAGAGGCUCUGUACAUCGGCUGGGUGUCCGGGGCUUUCCUGUUCAUUGGAGGAUGCAUGUUUACUUGCUGCAACCUGCAGCCCGAAGAAAAGGCUCCAGAGAGGUACGUGUACUCCAGGGACUCCAGCUACAUGGCCUAUCCCCCACAGCCCCUCCAGCCUCAGCAGCUGGUGCUAAUUCCCCAACCACAACCUCAACUACAACCUUAUCCGGUCCUGUCCAGACACCCAUCGACUAUCUACAGCAACUACUCCAGAUACCCCUCUGUACGCAGCGAGAUGGCUUAUCUCUGAACACUGGCCGAGGUAAUGAUAAUCAGUUGCGGUCACUAUAUGAAAGGGAAUUUCUUUCAUGCUUUACAGUGCGAUCUACGACACAUUUCAGGUUAGAAACACAUUUCAACGAAUACAUUUAGGCUGCUGUGAAUGCAAAUGAAUCCAAUUCAUGGUGACGUCCGUUUUAAAUCAACUGCUUUUAUAUAUUGUUUGUGGUGUACAUAACAUUUUGAUAAGUAAAACCACGUCUGUGUGAAGCCAGUAAUUUCCGUUAAUUUCAACUAUUUUUUAUGUGUUGUGACAAUUCCCGCAUUGUUUAAGCACCAAAUUUUGUGGCACAUUUGUAUUUGUGUUUACUGUGAAAAUGCAAAUUUGUUGGGAGAUGUGAGCUGCGCAGUUACAACGUUAAUAUUUCAGGUGUUUCAACACAACCUCCAACAUAAACACACGAUCAUGUGACAGAUGAUCUCACUGACUUUCCCUCUCAGUUUUCACCAGAAUUAGCAAAAGUAUACACAAAGGAAAACCAAUACAGGUGAACCACAGGGACAGAAUUUGUAUAUGUUCGUGAGGAAUGAUGUGAGAAUUACAGACAUUCGAGUCUAAAACUCAGAACAUUGUGUGUGUGUGUCUGUUUGCUGAAGUUAGGUAUGAUGCCCUGGAGGCGCUUGUUAACUGAUGGUACUGAGUAAACAUGAGAUGCAGGUUUAAGACUGUGUGUGGAAGGUGUGGACUCAGAGGCAGCUUCAGCCGGAGAGCUGCGAGUUUGUGAAGAAGUCGGACAGAGACGACCUGACAGCGUGAAUCACGUGAUCAGAAUUUGCAAGUCACUUUGAAUAGAGAUAACGUAUUUUUAGGCCACAACAUGUAUCAGUUAAUUUCCUGGUUGAAAAGUGAGAAAAUCUUUGCCCAGUCAUGUAAGUUAGUUCUUGAACUACAUGUCAUUUCAAUUUCAGUGAGUUUAAUAGCAGUUUGAAUUAAAAUGAUAGAUUGGUGGUUGUCUUAAGUGUUUAAUAAGGUUACACUAAACUUUAAGUGUAACUUCACCCCCAGGUCUGAGCUAAACUCCAUCCUCUGCAUGAUUUUGGGGGACUGAGGGGGAGAGGGAGGAGGAUUUAGUUGUCUCUGAUGUCCUCAGGCCAUGAAAACAAUGUAGAGCGACACAGAAUCACAAGGCAUCUAUGGGACUCUUUUAAAGUGGAGGACUUUCCCCCUCUGGAAUCCCCUGGAAUGGGCAUUAGUGUGGUGGAGGACCCCCCCCCCAAAGUCACACCUCUCGUAGGCCGUGCAAGUCCAAGAGAGGGUGGAGUCAGUCUCUGGGUUCAAAUAACAACAACGAACAUGUUUGAAGCUGUAACAUAAAUCCCACAAUCUGAGACAGUUUUUGUCCAGAUCAGCCAAAUAUUCAGUUGCAAUAGCCAAGUUUCAACCAGUAGAGAGCAGUCACAAUGCAUAUUUAACACAUUUAGUGUCAAAUUCAAACAUUCUGCCCUCAAAUGUCAACAUUUGUACCCAAGUUAAUCAAGAACACGACUAAAUACCUGUGCAAAUUGCUUUUCAGAUGAAGAACGUGAUUUAGUUAUUCUUUAAGUAUUUGUUUGUCCAUGUUGUGCCUUCUCAGCAGCUCCGGAGUUACACAAAUAUGAAAUAUAUGUUGACUUGUUGUAUGAAAAGUUAACUUGUCAUUUCUGAAACUAUACAUCUGGUCCUCAACAAUCAAUAACUUGUGAGGCGCUUCCUCUCCUGCUCCAUUGACUUGUGGGUCAUCUCUGCUCCCCUGUGGACAACAGAAGUACUGGAGGAGCUUAUGUGCUACAGAGUAUAUUUGUUUGCGUCUGAAUUUAUAUUUGUAUAUCACAUACAGUAUAAUGUGAAAAAUAAAAACAUGAUAAUUGAUAAAAAAA